AUGCCGAUGCACUUGAUCCCCAAUCGAACCGCGAAAAUCGCGUAUGUUAGGCAGUUCCCGACCUGCGGGCCGAGCGAGUGCACGGUGAUCGAAGCUUUGCUACUGUACGCGUACAAGGCGGGGCUGGACAUCGAUUUGAGUCAGGUGAGGUUAAGUGAAGUGAUCUUGGAACGGUUUUUGGACGGAAAUAAGAUGAAAAAGGGGGGAGCUGCGAUGAACAAAGCAAAACUGAAAGAGAUGCUGGCGAACUUGGAACGGAGAUUUUCCUCGCUAGGGACGCCUGCGGCGUCUGAAAAACCGGGCGAUGCUGCGUCAAGUGGCUCGCCGGAUGAAGCCACAGAUGCGGAUGCGGUUUUGAAGAUGAAAAAGAAAUCCCAGGCCACUUCGAACCUGUUCGCGAAACUGCAGACCAUUGUGAAGGAUCUGAACAUGGGUUGGUUUUUGCAUCGACGAAUUUCCGACUUGUCGGGCGGACAGAAAAAGCUGCUGUCCGUGGCGCAAGCGCUCAUUUGCGAACCAGGAAUUAUCUUUCUGGACGAGCCGACUUCCGGUACGUUUGUGUCGUUUUUUUUUUGUGCUAGAGCGUAGCAGUAGGCGGAGUCUGUUGAUAUUGUCAUCGAGGAUUUGAUAUAAUGCGAAGUCACUAGUUCCAGUCUUGCUCUUGGACAUAGACUGAGUGCCACUUCAAGUGUAUGACGCAAAAACAAAUCAAUUCCUCAUCGAAAUCUCAGGUCUCGACGCAAUGACGGCGGAAACCUUGAUGCUGGCUUUGUCUAACGUCACCUGGAAGCAGAAGUGCUGCAUGGUGAUCGUGAUUCACCAACCGUCCGCUUUGGUUUACAGUCUGUUCGACGAUCUCGUCCUGCUGUGCCGCGGAAAAGUAAUCUACUCCGGGCCCCGGGAAUUUGCCGACGAAGCGUUGGAUGCGCUGGACUUGAAAUUGAAGAAGAAACACGGGGAGAUGGUGGAAGAUGAAACUGUCGGACAGGUGUUGAACAAGACAAACACAAACAGCGUCGAAAAUAAUGUAGAACAAAAAGGAGAUGAGGUCCUCAACGCUGUUGACAAACCACUUGAAGCUCUUGCAGAAGAAGCUGACCACGCUCUGCCCACGACCUGCAACUCUGAUUUGACGUUAGCGAAAGCCAUGAACAUGUUUCAGGCGAAAAAUCGAAAAUGGGACAUGCUCCGCCACGUGCUUUUCGUUCCCCGAGCCCCCUCCGCUGACAAAUUCAUCACGAACGAAUUGAAAGAAAUGAUGGCGUGCGGUUCCGUUGUCCAAGAUGGCGCCAGCACUGGUGUUGAAAACAGCAAUGCCAAAAAGGUGAUAAAACCGUCCUUCAAGCGCGCUAUCGACGGCGCAGACCCGGCCCCGGCGAAGUCGGCUCUGUUGUUGGAGCUUUUCGCCUACAACGAGCUCUACCUGUCCAACACUUUACCGCUCGUCGCUUUACCGCUCGGCGCGGUCGUCGUCUGGGGCUUUCUGGAAUUCUCGAGUGCGAAGCACGAUGCGGCGAAGUGCAUGCUGGAGGUGUACGUGGUCGGGUUUGCGGUGUUGAACAUCCUACUGCCGAACGUCUUUGCGCAUUUGAACUGUAACCAAGACGGGCUGCAAGACCGGAUUUUCAAGUCCACCGACAUGUUCUGGGUGGUCGCCUUCUUCUGCCAGCUGUGCUCGGUGGUGAUCUCCUUGAUCAUGGGCAGUUUCUCGCUGUUCGCCUUCUUACUCCCGACGCAAUCCAUGACCAACUGCACGUGGUUUGAGCACGUGUUUGUCUGCUACCUGGUGAGCAGCUUCAUUAGCCUGUUGGUGCAGCUGUUUCUCUACCAGGCGCGGGGACACGAGGACGCGAACAAAAUGGCCUCGGUGUUCACGCAGUUAGCGGUCUUCACAGCGGCGCUGUCCCUGUUCUCCGGCUUCACGAUAACGUUAGACGAAGCCUCCUGGCUCCGCCCCUUGAUGUUUGUAUCGCCGCCUUUCUGGGCGCAGAAGAAACUGGUGACAAUGGGUUUUUUAGACGAAAGUUACAACUGCGAAAACGUCGACUGUUUGUUGAACUCCGGCAACGCGUGGAUAGCGAUGCUUUACGGCGGGCCGGAGGGUCAGGAGUGGACGUAUUUGGUGCUGACGAUGUUCUGUCUUGGGACGUUAGUCUUUUCGCGUUUCGUGUGGUACUUGAAGAUGGGAACGCCGGCGGUGGUAGCGCUGGGAACGACGAAGAAAGGGAAAGGAACUGGAUAUGGAUUCGCGGCUGCGGGUGCUACUAAGCAGGGUAGUGCUGCUGCCAGUUCUGGAUCAUCAUCUUCGAAGGACGUCAUCGCGUUGUUUCCCUUUGUGCAGACGAGCAGUUUUACCGGGUUAUUGGAAAAGGUGAAAAAACAAGCGACGUUGGAGGAGGAGGGGGAGGAGGGGUGACCCGUAUUGAAAAUGGUCUGACGGAUCCAGAGAUUGCCCAUCUUGAAACUCCACCUAUCUAAAAUCUAUACUUUAUUUUCAUGUCGACGCGAUCCCUUGAGUUUAUCUUUGCGAUGGAAAAGUUUUAUCCGUCGUUCUUUUUCUUGUAGGUGUUUCUUCCGUGGUGCAAAACUGCGAAAAUUCAAUCUACUCGCUAGCAGGCAAGAGCAAGCUGCAAAAGCUUCACAACGUAAUUCCCAAAGUAACGUAGUCAGUUCAGUUUAGCUUUAGUACGAUGCCCAAAGAAGAUAGGGCAAGAAGUAAGAAUCGUUUUGUUACUCUCAGUCAAAGUAUUGCAUGCCUCCUACUUCAUUGCGGAAAAAUAAACGUGUCAUCUUUGUUUCUUGUUUCAUCUGGUGCCUCAGAUUGACAAUGUCACCGUGACUCGCGAGGGUUGAACGAAUUCCAUUUCCUUUGUUUCCAUCACACGAAGAAGGCGGCAAAAUAU